CCCACGGCAUCAGAGAUCAGCUUGGAGGAGAGAUGAAAAGCACAACCCAAGAGGUGCAGAACUAAAGACAAGAGCUUCGAGAGGAAGCCCAAGUCAUUAGAGAUCGGCUUGGAGGAGAGCUUAAAACUGUCAUAACCCAAGAGGUGCAGAACUUAAGGGAAGAGUUUAGGGCGGAAGUCCAAGGAAUCAGAGGUAAACUAGGGGGAAAGGUACAAACUAUUAUGAAACAAGAGGUGCAGAACCUAAAAGAAGAGUUUCGAGAGAAAAAUCAAGGAAUCAGAGUUAAGCUUGAAGGAGAGGUGAAAACUGUCAUAAGCCAAGAGGUGCAGAACUUAACAGAGGAAUUUCGAAAGGAAGCUCGAGGUCUCGGAGAUCAGUUGCAACAAGGGGGCCGCGUUAACUCAGCUGGAGGUCAUGACCCACUUGGAAUGACAAGUAGCAGAAGUGUGGGAAUUGGUCGGGAAUCGACUUACUGUGAAAACGUGUUCGACAGCGCACCAGAAACACUAGACAAAAGUUCCCUUGGCUUAUCUGAGAAAGACGGACAAGUAAUCUCACCAGAUCAACAAUGUCUUAUCUUUGCUGACAAGCAAUUUGAUGAUGGCUGUACUUUAAGUCAAUACAAUAUCCAAAAGAGAUUGACUCUGCACCUACGUUUUCGCAAUGGCAUGCAUAUCCUUGUAAAAAACACACACUGGAAAUACGAUCACUUUGGAAGUGGAUCCAUUAGACACCAUAUGGAAUGUCAAAAAGAAAAUUCAAGACUAGGAAGGAAUCUCACCAGAUCAGCAACGUCUUAUCUUUGCUGGCAAGCAACUUGACAAUGGCUGUACCUUAAGUCACUACAAUGUUCAAAGAGAAUCAACUUUGCUCUUAAGCGUUCUUGGUGGCAUGCAAAUGUUUGCGAAAACACUGACCAGAAAGUUGAUCACUUUGGAAGUGGAUCCAUUGCACACCAUAUGGAAUGUGAAAAAGAAAAUUCAAGACUAGGAAGGAAUCUCACCAGACCAGCAACGUCUUAUCUUUGCUGGCAAGCAACUUGACAAUGGCUGUACCUUAAGUCAUUACAAUGUCCAGAGAGAAUCGACUUUGCACUUAAUCCGUCCUGGUGGCAUGCAAAUAUUUGCAAAAGUACGGACUGGAAAGAUAAUUUCUUUGGAAGUGGAUACAUUAGACACCAUAC